UUCUUUAUAUUUUUUCUUUUUUUCAGUAUCAUUUCUCACUGAUAUAUUACAUUCUAAAUGACUGUUGAGCACGAAAAAACCACUUGCCAUCCCGUUCCUGCACGUCUCUUGGACGCUUCCAAAAAUCCCGUCCCUCACGUUAACUCCAUCCAAAAGUAUAACGCCAUGUGGACUGAAAGUGUGGAAAAGCCUGAACAAUUCUUUGGCAAUCUUGCUCGUGAAUUAUUAACCUGGUCAAAGCCCUUCGAGACUGUUAAACACGGUUCUUUCAAGGAAGGUGAUGUUGCUUGGUUCUUGGAAGGUGAACUUAACGUGGCCUAUAACUGUGUUGAUAGACACGCUCUUGCUACUCCUGAUAAGAUUGCUAUCAUUCACGAAGGUGAUGAGCCAGAUCAAGUUCGUAAGAUUACUUACGGUGAGUUAUUGCGUUUGGUUUGCCAAAUGGCCAACACUUUAAAGAAUUUGGGUGUUCGUAAGGGCGAUAAUGUUGCUAUUUAUAUGCCAAUGAUUCCCGAGGCUCUUAUUGCCAUGCUUGCUUGUGCUCGUAUUGGUGCUGUCCACUCUGUUGUAUUUGCUGGUUUCUCUUCCGAUUCUCUUCGUGAUCGUAUCAUUGAUUGUUCUGCUCGUGUAGUUCUUACAUCCGAUGAAGGUAGACGUGGAGGAAAGAACAUCGCCACCAAGAGAAUUGUUGACGAUGCUUUGCGUGAUUAUCAAACUCAUGUUGAACAUGUUAUUGUUUUCCGUCGCACUGGUUCACCUGUUGAUUGGGUUGAAGACCGUGAUCUUUGGUGGCAUGAAGAGAUGGAUAAGGCUAGAACCUUCUGUCCUCCUGAGCCCAUGAACUCUGAAGAUCCUCUUUUCUUGCUUUAUACUUCUGGUUCCACUGGUGCCCCCAAGGGUAUUCUUCACACCACCGGUGGCUAUCUUUUAGGUGCUGCUGCAACCGUCAAGUAUAUCUUUGAUGUUCACCAAGAUGAUAUCUUUGCCUGUAUGGCUGAUAUUGGAUGGGUUACCGGUCACACAUAUAUCACUUACGGUCCCCUCGCUUUAGGUACCACCACUGUUUUGUUUGAAUCUACCCCUACAUAUCCCAACCCCUCUCGUUUCUGGGAUCUUAUCGAAAAGCACAAGGUCACCCAAUUUUAUACUGCACCUACUGCUAUUCGUGCUCUCCGUCGUCUUGGCGAUUCUUGGUUGGAAGGAAAGAAUUUGGAUUCCCUUCGUGUUAUCGGUUCCGUCGGUGAGCCUAUUAACCCCGAAGCCUGGGAUUGGUAUAAUGAAAAGGUUGGUCAAAACCGCUGUGCUGUUGUUGAUACCUACUGGCAAACCGAGACUGGUUCCAUCAUUGUCUCCCCUCUUCCCGGAUCUCAUAUCACCAAGCCUGGAUCUGCUACUCUUCCAUUCUUUGGUAUCAAGCCUGAGAUCCUUGAUCCUACCACUGGUAAAAUCUUAACUGAAGUCGGUGCCACCGGUGUUCUCGCUGUCAGCCAACCAUGGCCUUCUAUGGCACGUACCGUUUUCAAUAACCAUAGCCGUUUUAUCGAUACUUACCUCAAGCCUUAUCCUGGAUACUAUUUCACUGGUGAUGGUGCUUACCGUGAUGCCGAUGGUUAUAUUUGGAUCCAAGGUCGUGUUGAUGAUGUUAUCAAUGUUUCCGGUCAUAGACUUUCUACUGCUGAAAUCGAGUCUGCUCUUGUUCAUCACGAAACUGUUGCAGAAGCCGCUGUUAUUGGUGGUCAUGAUGAUUUGACUGGUCAAUGUAUCCAUGCUUUUGUUUCAUUGAAGCCCAAUGUUGAUGCUUCUGAGGGACUUGAUAAGGAAUUAAGUUUGUUGGUGCGUAAGGUCAUUGGUCCUUUUGCUACCCCCAAGCGUAUUUACAUUAUCAACGAUCACCCUAAGACUCGUUCUGGAAAGAUUAUGCGUCGUAUUCUUCGUAAGAUUGUUAACGGUGAGCAGGAUUCUCUCGGUGAUAUCUCUACUCUUGCUGAUCAAUCCGUCGUUCCAUCUUUGAUCGAAAAGGUUCAUGGUGUUGCCAAGUAAAGAAAUCUCAUUUACGUUUGUCUUCUCCAAAAAUCACUUUCUUUUUUAAAAAUGUCUUCAUAUAACCCUUACACAUAGACAUAAUUGUACAAAAUUUUAUUUUACCCAUAAUUUCAAUAAAAAAACUUUGAAUUUUU